GAGAAAUUGCCAUUAUUUUGAAUUUAAAAACCGCCUCGGUGAAACUCGUAUGUGUAACGUUACUCUGGCUUCAGCUGCAGCUUGGGGGAAUGUCAAUGCUGUGAAGUCUCAUCUCUCAGUCAGCCAGCCCCCCUGCUGCUGGACCACCUUCUGCAGCUCUCACGCUCUGACCGCGGCACAGACCAACAUGGGCAGGCGGAGAGAUAACAGGAGAGGCUGCUGAACACCCUGACGGUUUUUUUACGGGUACUGAUGUUCUCAGAUGCCCCAUUUCUUUGCCUCCUCUAGUGCACCAUGGGAAAACACCCGUCCUUCCAGUUGUUGCUCCUUUCACUGCUGACCACUGAGGUAUGUCAGGGUGAGGAUAUGACAGCUACAAUGAUGUCACUGGUGGAAGUGACUUCACCCCCCCCACUUAUGAAGUCCAGACGGAGUAUCCUGGCUGCUCAAUUUGAGUGUUAUCUCCGAAUACUGCAUGACCCACCACAUACAGAUUCAGGACCCUACUGUAACCGCACGUGGGACGGCUGGCUGUGUUGGGACGACACGUCUCCAGGCGUUACUGUGCAACAGUGUCCCGCCUACUUCACAGACUUCGAUCCAUCUGAAAUAGUGACCAAAGUGUGCAACUCAGAUGGUCAGUGGUUCCAUCACCCAGACAGCAACCGUCUGUGGACCAAUUACACCCUGUGCACUGCGUACACCAGAAAAAAAGUUGAGGUUGCAUUAACAUCGUAUUAUCUGGCAGUGGUUGGUCACACACUCUCAGUGGUCUCUCUACUCAUAUCCAUUUUUAUCUUCUCCUACUUUAAGUGUUUAAGCUGCCAGAGGAUUUCCCUCCAUAAGAACAUGUUUAUGUCCUUCCUCCUAAACUCUGUGCUGAUGAUUAUCUGGUUCUCCAAGGUCAUCCUAAAGGAGAAAGAGGAUGCUUACUACUUGGAUUCAGAAGCUGCUCCGUGGCAUGUGUCAGAGAUUGGCUGUAAGCUCUUGUCCAGUCUGAUUCAUUACACAUCCUGCUCGAACUACUUCUGGAUGCUGUGUGAGGGGAUUUACCUGCACACACUCAUCAUUGUGGCCGUGUUUGUUGGGGAGCAGCAGCUGGGCUGGUACUACCUGCUCGGCUGGGGAUUCCCAAUUAUACCAGCCGUGAUUCAUGCCGUGGCUCGACUGUUGUUCCAUGACGACAAGUGCUGGAUAGUGAACAGUACUCUGCUUUACAUCGUCCAUGGCCCCAUCCAGGUUGCCUUAGUGGUAAACCUGUUUUUUCUUCUGAAUAUAGUGCGUGUGUUGGUCACUAAGCUGAAAGUGACGCACAAGUCAGAGUCUAGUGUCUACAUGAAGGCUGUGCGAGCCACUCUCAUCCUGGUGCCACUAAUGGGAGCUCAUUUCAUCUUGGUGCCGAUGCAGCCCAAGGACAGGCUGCCUCUGGCCAUCUACGAGUUUGUCAUGAACAUAUGUACGAAUUUUCAGGGGCUUCUGGUCGCCAUCAUAUUCUGCUUCGGCAAUGGAGAGGUGCAGUCAGCUCUAAGACGUAAGUCUAUACAGUACAGGGCUCAGUGGCGGAGACGCCUGGUCACCACCGACUCUCACUGCACCUACCACACUCAGUCCUCCAUCACCGAGACCAGCAGGGUCAUCAUCAGCCUGGAUAACACCCCGCCAAACUCAGAGGACGACAAAACACGCACCACCACACACUCAGUCAACGGCCAGAGCAACGGCAAACACUGCUCCAACGGAGACCAAGCGCCGCUGGAGACAUCUGACAUCUGACACUGUAGUGGAGAUACAGAGACAGUGGUACAGUGGCAGACACUGAAGGUCUGGUUUAGUUGCUCUUAAAGAAAUACUUCACCAAAAAACGCAAGCAGCAAUUGAAAAGUUGCUCGUGUUCAUUUGAUAUUAGCGUCAUCAGCAUUGAGUAGGCUUAGUUUGGAGGAAGAAAAAUCUCAUUUACACAGUUUGGUCAGCCAAGGCAUGUUUGAUCUAUCAGCUUGAUCAGUUUUACACAAGUGGCAACAGAAGCUCACACCUACCAGUUAGCAUUAGUAGAAGUGGGAUAUCGCCUGUAACACCAUGACUGUGAUUCAGUCUAAUGUUCUGUUGCUUUUAGAUGCCAUUUUUAAACUGCUUUUCCAACCCCAAACAAGUCUUGGCUGCUUGACUGCAUUUGAUGUAAGAGAGAAAUUGUGAGCAUUUUAUUUUUUUGAUAACUUUAAAUGGCAUGGCCUCCUCAUCCAUGUCACAAGCACUGUAAUUUAGCAAGUAUAGAGCGUAGAAAGCAAGUUGUUGACGUCGUCUACUGGUGUUAGUCAUUUGGGGAGUUGACAGUACUGCCUCAGUUCUUUGUAGCACAUACAGUCUCUCGUGUAGUAACACAGUCUCUCUUUUUAAUUGACCAAAACAAAAAAGCACUGCCUGUAAAAUGUUUGAGGACACCUUGCCUUCUUUUGAGUUUUAGAUUUUCUAGCUGUUACUUUUCAAUUCUGUAACAAAAUACCCGAAACAUUUUUUUAUUCAUAUAAAAUGGCUUUUUCUUUGUGCUUUAGGCAUGAAGUACAGUGCAAAAAUCAGAGCUAUUAAAUUUGCAGUCAAAAUGAACAUUAAGUAUGAGUUAAAUAUAUGAAUUAUUAAUAUAUAUGUUUAGCAAAACAUUGCACAGAAACCUCAACAACUAAAUAGAAUAUAUAAUCAAUACA